UGGUACCAUUUUCUUUCUUGUUGGUUGGUUCCCAUGGCAGCAGAAAUGGUAGAAGCAAGUGAGCUCCGAAGUCGAAUCGCAGAGAUUCGGAAGAUUUGCAAUGGCGACGACGAAUCGAACCCUUUGGAUGGCCACAAUUUGCUCAAAGACUGUGCUCUUCAUGUUCAAAGCAGAGUGCAGCAGAUUGCAUCCCAGUUCUCUGAUUUUCAUUCUUUAGGAAUUCAAGAUUUAGAUGCUUACUUGGAGCAUUUGAAAGAGGAAUUUAACAAGGUGGAGGUUGAAACCACCCAUGUCGCCACCGAGAUCGAGCUUCUCGCUACAACUCAUAAGGAUGAGUCUAUUCUCUUAGAGGCCAAACUUGAAGAAUUGGAAUGUUGUUUAGAUUAUGCAUCAAAGGAUCAAAAGACAUCAGAGGCUACCGAAGGCUUUGAUUCUCCAAUGCUGGCAGAUGAUUGUUUGAAUUUGACCAUUGUGAAUAUAGACAAGAAUUUAGAGCAAUUUGUACUUGAUAAUAAGAUUGAAGAAAUGAACUUAAAUAUAAAGUCUUUGGAGGAUCUUCAGUGUAAGGUCAAAUGGUUUGAUGCUGUACAGCAGAUUGAGGAUGAAUUGGUGGGUUUAAAAGUGCUUGAAUUUGAUGAGAAUUGUAUUAAGUUGUCUUUGCGGACUUAUAUGCCAACAGUAGGGGGUAGUUCAUACACAGAGAGAGUUGAAGAUAGCAUUGAUGUACGUGAGCUGAAUCAUGAGUUAUUAAUUGAAGUUGAGGGCAACAUGAAGUUAAAGAAUGUUCAGGUUUUUCCAAAUGAUAUACAUGUGAAUGACAUUGUCGAUGCUGCAAAAUCUGUCAGUAAAUUCUCAUUGCAGUGGUUUAUACAAAAAGUGCAAGAUAGAAUUAUACUAAACAAACUUAGGCAUCUUGCAGUAAAGGAUGCUAAUAAAUCAAGAUAUUCUCUUGAAUACCUGGACAAAGAUGAAACUAUAGUAGCUCAUAUGUUUAGAGGAAUUGAUGCAUUCAUAAAGUUGUCUCAUGGUUGGCCAAUAUUUGACUCUCCAUUGAAGCUGAUAUCUAUCAAGGGAUCGGAUAUUUUGAAGAGAAGUCCUCUAAGUUUUCAUUGCAAAGUUAAGAAUUUGGCAAACUCUUUAGACAUUCAUAUUCGGCAGAAUAUAUCGAGCUUCGUAGAUGCUGUUGAAAAGGUGCUUAUAGAACAGUUGCAGCUUGAUCCUCAAGCCGGUGAUAGUUCUGACUGAGGAUAUUUGCAUAUCUAUGAUGAUCAUUGCAGAUGCCUCUACUAUAUGUGUGGUUUCACUGAAUCACACGUGCCUCUACUAUAUAUUUAUAAAUGUCUUGUAAGAAGAGUAGUAAGCUGCUGACUUAAUUUUUGACAGGAAAUGGACAUGCUAUUGCUAAGUAUGUGUCACAUUUGAAUGCUCUUGAUCAGUUAAAAUACUACGAUAUAGAAUUGAAAAAUUUGCACGAGUAA